AUGGAACAAACUCAAGACUUAACCUCUGAAACAUGUGAUCCAAUAUUGUCUCUCCAAUUGGAAUCUAUAUUAUCUGCACUCAUUGCUGUUGCACUUGCGCAACCUGGCUAUAGAUAUCAAGCACCACCUGCACCUGCACCACCAGCAAUACCAGUGCAAUCACCACCAGCACCUGUUGGACAUAUACCUUCUGUACAGCAAUUACCACUUCAAGCACCAAAUAACAGACAACCCAUACCCGUAAACAGUUAUCGUCCACAGCAACCACAAUCAAAUAGUGGCAUUUAUUCUGUAGUGCAAUCUGCACCGUUGGCACAAAUCAAUCUACAAAAUCAACAACAAGUUGUGCAGCAUCACGCACAAGCAGCACCAAUACAUGCACCAGCUCCUGUAGCCUUACCACAACAGCAUCCAUUGCCUGCACCAGCACCAGUUCUUGCUCCUGUACCUGCACCAAUUUCAAUUCCAGCUCCACAACCCAUUUAUGCACCAGCACCUGCACCCGCCCCAUUAUCGUUUCCACAACAAACCUAUGUUUCUGCUCCACAACCCAUUGCCUCAGUUCCACAAUCUCACCAACAACAAGUCGUACAACAACAAGUUCUCCAACAACAGGUUGGCUAUCCACAACCCGUACAAAAUAAUUAUCAACAAACCUUCCAAGGUUAUCAACGUCCACAAACUGCUAUAAUCACAAAGGACAUUUACAUACAUUCAGCACCAGAAGAUCAAGAAGAAUCAAAUUUGGGACAGCAAUUGGACAGCGCACCAAUUCGUAAGAAUUAUCGCAUUGUUUUUAUUAAAGCACCAAGUCAAAAUUUGAAACUCGCUACUGCUGCUUUGAGACAAGCUCAAGCCACACAUGAAGAGAAAACUGUCAUUUACGUCCUGUCCAAGAAACCUGAUUUGGCCGAAGUGCAACAACAGUUGCAACAAUCUCAAGCUCAACCUAAGAACAAUAAACCUGAAGUCUACUUUAUUAAAUACAAGACUCAAGAGGAAGCUCAACGUGCUCAGCAACAAAUACAAGCGCAGUAUGAUGCUUUGGGUGGUUCUACUCAUAUCUCCGAUGAAGGUAUUGCACCAAUCACUUCCGUUAUUGGUAAUACACGCGGUGAGGCUGUCUUGAGCCAACCUAUCUUCCCCGCGCAACAGCAAUUUGUGCAACAGAGUUACCAAUCACAAUCAUCAGUUGGUGGUUCUUCGUCGUUCAUUAACUCAGCACCCUCACAGAAAUACUUGCCUGUGAAGACUCUUAAAUGA